AAGUGCUCCCCCCAAAAAGCUACCAACACAAGUUAAUUUCUUUGCACCCGGUGUUAAUAAAAAAGCGGCAAGAUUACGUCAAUUAUUGAGAACCUACCCGGCGCCAUAGCUCACAACCACAACCAAAACAACAUCAUGGAAGAGGACGAAAGGGGUAAAUUGUUUGUGGGCGGCCUGUCCUGGGAGACGACGCAGGAGAAUCUGUCGCGCUACUUCUGCCGCUUCGGAGACAUCAUUGACUGCGUAGUGAUGAAGAACAACGAGAGCGGCAGGUCGCGAGGCUUUGGGUUCGUGACCUUUGCCGAUCCCACCAACGUCAACCACGUGCUGCAGAACGGACCGCACACGCUCGACGGCAGAACCAUCGACCCUAAGCCGUGUAAUCCGCGCACGCUGCAGAAACCGAAGAAGGGUGGCGGCUACAAGGUGUUCCUGGGCGGCCUGCCCUCGAACGUCACCGAAACUGAUCUGCGCACCUUCUUUGGACGCUACGGCAAGGUCACUGAGGUGGUUAUCAUGUACGAUCAGGAGAAGAAAAAAUCACGCGGCUUCGGUUUCCUCUCCUUUGAGGAAGAGUCCUCCGUUGAGCACGUCACCAACGAGCGGUACAUCAAUCUGAAUGGCAAGCAGGUCGAGAUCAAGAAGGCCGAGCCUCGUGACGGAUCUGGCGGCCAGAACUCCAACAACAGCACGGUGGGCGGCGCAUAUGGCAAGCUGGGCAAUGAGUGCAGCCACUGGGGACCGCACCACGCUCCUAUCAACAUGAUGCAGGGUCAGAAUGGCCAGAUGGGUGGACCUCCACUGAAUAUGCCUAUUGGUGCGCCGAACAUGAUGCCUGGCUAUCAGGGGUGGGGCACGUCGCCGCAGCAGCAGCAGUACGGCUAUGGAAACAGCGGUCCUGGAUCAUACCAGGGCUGGGGAGCUCCACCAGGACCCCAGGGACCACCACCGCAGUGGUCGAACUACGCUGGACCGCAGCAAACGCAAGGGUAUGGCGGAUAUGACAUGUACAACUCGACGUCUACCGGAGCUCCCUCGGGACCAUCGGGCGGCGGCAGCUGGAACUCGUGGAACAUGCCACCCAACUCUGCUGGACCCACUGGGGCCCCAGGAGCAGGAGCGGGCACCGCCACUGACAUGUACUCGCGGGCUCAGACCUGGGCGGCGGGCGGUCCUUCGACCACUGGACCUGUAGGCGGCAUGCCACGGACCGGACCCGGCAACUCGGCCUCGAAAUCCGGCUCUGAGUACGACUACGGCGGCUAUGGUUCCGGCUACGACUACGACUACAGCAACUACGUGAAGCAGGAGGGCGCCUCCAACUAUGGAGCCGGGCCGCGAUCAGCGUACGGCAACGAUAGCUCCACGCAGCCACCGUAUGCAGCCUCGCAGGCUGUCUAAGGAGGACGAUCGAUUUGAGGAGUAGAAGUAGCAGAGCAGAGCAACAUGUCGUCGUCGGAGUCGUCCUCGGCGAAUGAUGAAGAAGACAGAAAAGAUGGUGGUAAUUGUAAGCUAAAGCGUCGUCUGUUCGUUUUUAUUUCAGAUCAGAUCAGUUGUUGAAAUUAAUAUUUAAAACUCUUGUACAACUAUUAUUUAAAGCGAAACAAAUUUAACACGAGAAUACCUAGCGACAAGUCAGAUUCAUAGAUUUACAUGUAUGUUCUAUAGAAGCGAGUAUGUAAUUCAUAGGCGAAACAUCGGCACACUCACCCAUUCAGACGAGAACAUUAUUUCUUUCAUGCGCCUCAUAAACACCACACAACAAACAUUCUCCUGUAUCCCACACUCACCAAUCAACCAGCCAGAGUCAACUAACAAGAACUUCCCAACCAACUGAAACCCGUAGAUACAUAUGAUACAUGAUGGCAUUAACAAAAACAAACAAAUAGAAAUGUGAAGAUUUAAACGUAAUGAUUUACAAGUAUAAAGUUUAGCAAAUUAGACACAAGAAGAUCAAGAAUAGAGUGCGAAAUACCAACACAAAGAAAAUAAGAACUUUUAAUUUUAUUUAAAGAGUAAACAAGUAAAGGUCCCUUUAAUUACUAAAAUUAGUAAAUACAAAUUCGAAAUUGUACAUUUUAAAGCAAAAGCACGUCGGUUUCCGAUCUGCUUUCGCCACCAACCGCUUUCUAGAUCGGGCGACAAGGUUUAGUAAGGGUUUGAGAAAGAAUCGACUGUAAAAUGCAUGUAGACGGUUCUGAGAACUCGCUGCUUGCCUUAGCCUUUGUGACUCACUCAUUUUGACCGGCCGUGCCGUUCACAGAUAUUACAGAUAUAGGAUAGAUAUGGUGGCAUAUCAUUGGUUUUGAUCCUAGACAAUGGUCAAAUCUAAUCGGCAACUGUUUGUUUUUAUCUGCUAGUAGGUCGCUGGAUGAGAGGGUGUGGUGGCGAAAUAGGGGCGGUACUACUGACUUGGGAAAGAUACGUUACAAAAUUAAAAAUUUACCAUUUAAAGUAAACAAAACAAAAACUAGCUAAAAGUUAAACUACAUAUAUAAAGAAACCUAAUUAAUAAGCGUACGUGGUCGUUUACAUCUAAGCGAAAGUUGAACUUGAAACUAGAAUUAUAUAGUGCGUUGGAUUUAUUAUUUAGUUAAAACGAAGUGAAGAAGCCAAGCAGCAGCAGCAUGAUGAUGAUGAUUGAUUAUAAUGGAUAUGGAAACCAACAAACAAAACACACUCUUAACCAAUAUACAUAAAAACUAUAUACAUACAUACUUAUAUACAAUAUAUAUAUAAUGAGUAUAUAUAGAAAGAAACAAAAAAGGAAAAAAGAGUAAAAAAAGAGCAAAAGGAAACGUAAAUUUAAAGCUACAGUUAAUGAAAGUACAGAGUUAAAUUUAACAAAGGGAGGCAGGCAGAGAGAAUAGGACAAGUAAAACAAGUUACAAAAUACGAUGCUUAGAGUUGCGUUGCACAUUUUUUUCAAAUUUUCAUCGUUUGCCAAGCAGACAGCAACAACAACAGCAGCAGGUACAACAAGAACAACAACCAACGACAACAAACAGCUAAAAGUGUGCACUACAAAAACAAAACACCAUCAACACGCACACCCACUCACACACUUAACCCCAUUUAAUACCAACAACAAGAACAGAAGAGAUACACAGAGAGAAAAGAUAGAAGGGUAAACAGAAAAGAAUGAGGAAAAGAAAAAGAAAAGAAAGAGAAGAGAUGAACUUUAAUUGAUUAUGAACAUAACAUAUAUAUAUCUUUAAUUACUUAUACAUAUUUACUCUUAACUACUCUGCACGCUCACUUAAACGAGCGUGCACUGUGUGUAAAACAAGAUGAAAGUAAACUAUUUUAAUGAUGAUUAUAUGAUUGCGAUUUUACAAUUUAUUAUUACAAAAAGAAAAUAUGAAAAACAACAAAAAACAAAAUGAGAAACAUACAUAUUAUAUGCUAAUACAUUUACCAUACACAUAUAUUAUAAAAUAUGAAGUAAUUUUUUCUAUUAAAAUACCAUACACUAA